CGCUGCUACCACCCAGCCAUGAAGCUCCUUUUUCCUCUCGUUGCCAGCCUCAUGCUGCAGUAUCAGGUGAAAUCAGCAUUUGUGGCCAUGAAAAGAUGUUUAAUGGGCUUUGGGAAAUGCAAAGACAACUGCUUUGCCCAGGAAAUUGAGAUACAGACCUGCAAAUCCAAAAAAUGCUGUGUUGGCCCCAAAGUGACUGAACUGAUUAAAAGCUACCUGCGACAUGAAAUACCCCACAUACCUGACAAGGACAUCGUGGAGAUGCUGAAGAGUGAAAAGAGUUCCAGAGAAAAGACGCAAAGAAAGCACGCCUUAGCUGCACUCUCCGAAGCCCAAGAUGCCAGCCCUUUGCUUGGUAUCAACUCUGCCAUUGUCCCAAAUGCCUCCCCUGUGAAGUUUGUCACCUCUAGGACUGGGAGACGUGGCUUGGGCAGUACUGUUUCCACCAAGAGGCACAUGAAACCAAUGAGGGGUUCUUCCAGGGCUGUCCCUCAGCCCGGACCUGGACCAUCUUAGACGUGGCCAGCACUCCCACUGCAGCAGGGAAGCAGAUGGGCAGGGAAGUGGGUCUUUCUCCUAGGGUGUCAGGCUCCUCUCUACCUCCACAGACAUUAAAAUAAGACAUAACUGUUCUGCCAGCAAACUGAUAAUAAACACUGUUAAGUC